AUGGAGCUGCUGCACGUCAUGGAGGGGAGAGAGGAGAUCCAGCAAACCCUGAGCGAGAUCGACAGACGAGCCCUCGACGCCCUCCGCUACGCGUUCCGCCUCGGCUACCGAUCUCCCUCGUCUUCUCGCGAUGACCAAGACAUGGACGCCUUCGUCGCCUCCGUGCUGCCGCCGAAUGUUUCGGAGGACGGCGAUCACGACCGCCACCGCCCGAAACUGAGUGAAUUGCAAAAAACCACCACAUUUGAAGUUGAAGCAUCCAAUUGCCACCACAUUUCCAGCGCGUCCCAAAAAUCCACCACUUUACUUCUUGCCGACGCAGCGGGCUCCUUCACCGGAGCGAUCCCCUUCGCCCCCUCGCCGCCGGAGUGGGACAUAGAGCGCCGUGCGGCGGCGGCCCUAGCACGCAAGAUCAGGGCUUCAGGCGUGGGAGAAGGCCAUCAGUGGGCUUCAGGGUUCGGCGGCGUGUGUUUGGAUGAUGAGAUAUGGGAAAUAAGGUACCAUUUUCAAGGGAGAGACAACUUGGAGAGGACCAUUUCUCUGUCAGAAAUUACUUAUAUAAACAUGUUAGCACUGCUAGAGACUGAAGAGGGAUAUACUGAAGCUGACUACAUGUUCUAUAUGAAAGAAGAAGGAAAGGGGGCAGCAGGAAUGCAGGUUAUUGACAGUGAAGAUAGUGUGGAAGAGAUGCUAGACUAUUAUGCUGAGCAGAAGGUGCUCAACAUAACUGUAAUUAAGGCUAAUGAGCCUAAUCCAGGAGAGUUUAACAGGUCAAAUAUUGUGGAGGAACAAGUGCCUAUAAGUAAUGUGGGGGAUUCCAACAUUAUUUCUAUAGAUGAGGCAGGAGUAUUGUUCCCUAUUGUUGUUGAAGACACAGUUGAAGAGCUCUAUGCUGUGCCUAUUGCUGUUGUAGAGCCAGGUGAAGAGUCUGCAUAUAUUAACACACAACAGAGCAUGAAUUUGAAGAAAGCAAAGGGCAAAGAGAAAUUACAGGAAGAUGUUGGCCCCUCUGAUGAUGAAGUGUUUGUUGAUUUGAACUGCUGUGAGGACUGCUCUGAGGAGGAAGAUGAAAUCAUUGAGAAGGAAGAUGAAAUCAUUGAGGAGGAAGAGCAUGACAUAGGUAAUGAGGAGGAAGAUGAAAUCAUUGAGAAGCUGAAGCAGAAAAGGAAACAGAGAGAGGAUCCUAUGCAUCACUUUGAAGGAGACACAGAAGUGGAAGAGAUGUGUCCAGAGGCAGAGGACUCAGACACAGAACCUGAGACACCUCUUCCUCAAACAUUCAAGAAAGUAGGCAAAGCAGGCCCCACUACAAGAUCACACCAUGAAGCUGACAUUGAGGUAAUUCCUGAUUUCAUUCCAUCUGAUGAUUCUGCUUGUUUCCCUGGGGACUAUGGCAUUAGUGAUUCAGAUGAUGAGUCAGGUCUACCACUGCCCUGUGGAAGGAAGAGUCAAGCCAAGAGGGCCAGGACUAGGAUCUGGUAUGAUGAGACCAAGCCAGAUGCUCAUGACCAACUUUGCUUGAGUAUGUGCUUCACUGAUGUGUAUCAGUUUAGAAGAGCACUUAGGAAUUUUCAUAUCAGAAUCCUUAGAAAUUUCCAGUACCAUAGGAACUGCAAGGAUAGGAUCAUUGUGCAUUGCAAAGAAAGGGACAAUGGGUGUCCUUUUUUCAUGACUGCAUCCACAAUUGCUCAUGAGAAGACAUUCUGCAUCAAGAAGAUGAAGUUGUUGCACACUUGUGGUGCACAUGGAGAAAAAACCAAAGUGACAGUUGACUGGAUGGCCAGAACAUGUGAGCAGCAACUGAGAGAUAAUCCAAGGGCUGGUGUUGAUGCAAUUUUAAAAAGAACAAAGACUAAGUAUGGGCUGGAAGUGCCAAAGACCAAGGCCUACAGGGCAAGGUCAUUGGCCAUUGAAGUGGUGGAAGGUGACAUGAAGGGACAAUACACAAGGUUUAGGGAUUAUCUUCAAGCUGUGCUUGAUACCAACCCUGGGAGCAGAUGCAUUGUGACUACCAGAGAGCUUGAGCUCCAUCCUAGCCCAAAUCCUAGGUUCCACUACAUGUUCUACUGUCUGAAUGCUUCAAAAGAAGGUUUCUUGAAUGGGUGUAGGCCCUUUAUAGGUUUAGAUGGUUGCUUUAUCAAGCUUUCUACUGGGCAACAGAUACUUGCUGCCACUGGUAGGGAUGGGAAUAACAACAUAUUCCCUAUUGCAAUUGGUAUUGUUGAUAAGGAGGACAAGGAAAGUUGGACUUGGUUUCUUAGCCAAUUAAGAGCUUGCAUUGGAGAGGGGAACAAGUGGGGCACAUACACAAUCAUCUCUGAUAGACAGAAGGGGCUGUUGAAUGCAAUUCAAGCUGUGUUCCCACACUCACCUCAAAGAUAUUGUCUUAGACAUAUCUAUGCAAAUUUCCAGUCAGCUGGCUUCAGGAGUGAGGAGUUGAAGAAGCAUAUGGACAAUGCUGCAUAUUCAUACACCAAGAAUGGUUUUGAGGUUGCAAUGAAUGAACUGAGAAAGGAGGAUGAAGAGAUAGACAGAAGAUAUUGUCUUAGACAUAUCUAUGCAAAUUUCCAGUCAGCUGGCUUCAGGAGUGAGGAGUUGAAGAAGCAUAUGGACAAUGCUGCAUAUUCAUACACCAAGAAUGGUUUUGAGGUUGCAAUGAAUGAACUGAGAAAGGAGGAUGAAGAUGCUUGGAAGUGGCUUUGUGAUAUCCCUAAAGAGACUUGGGCAAGGCAUGCUAUGGAUCACACAUGCAAGACAGACCUAGUAGUUAACAAUCUUAGUGAAGUGUUUAACAAGAUGAUACUAGAUGUGAGGAACAAGCCAAUAAGGAGCUGUGUAGAUGGAUUCAGAACUAAGUUGAUGGUUAAGUACCAAGCAGUUAGAGAGAAGACAGAGAAGAGUAAGUGGGAGAUAACACCCACUUAUAUGGAGAAGUUGGAGGAGUCAAAGAAGUACUCAAGGCACCGCACUGCAUACAUGGCAGGUCCUGGUAUUUGGCAAGUCACUAGUGGGGAGUCUACCUACUGUGUGAACCUUGAUAAGUGGACCUGUGACUGCAAGAAGUGGGACCUAUGUGGUUGGCCAUGUAACCAUGCAGUUUCUGCCAUUACAAGAGUGAAGGGGCAGCCAGAAGACUAUGUGCAUGAGUUCUUCAAAAAACCAUUGUAUAAGGAAACAUACAAGCACAUCAUCUACCCUGUACCAGGGCCUGACUGUUGGCCUAGGACACCAACUGCUGACAUAGAUCCACCAGUGUUCAAAGAGAAGAAGGGCAGAAAGCAAACAGCUAGGAGGAAGGGGCAAUUUGAGGUCCCAACAAAGAAGGAUACAUCAAGGAUGGCAACUAUCACCUGUAGCAACUGCAAGAUGCAGAAACAUAGGUACACCUACUGCCCUCAGCCCCUGAAGCCUCAUCUGCAGGCAAGAAAGGACAAGCACAAGACAACCAGAACUCACUACCAUGGAGCUGGGGGAAGUUCUACUGCUACUGCACAGCCUGCAACCAGUGCACCACCUGCUGCAACUACUAGGGUUAGAAGAACAACUGCUACUGGUCAUUCCCAGCCUGCUACAUCUACCAGGGGAAGAAAAUCAACUGCUGCUUCUACUGGUCCUGCCCAGCCUGCUGCUUCUACAAGGCCAAGAAGAACAACUGCUGCUUCUACAAGGGCAAGCAUCACCAUUGAUGCUUCUACUACUUCCCAGGCUGCCACAAGAGCUUCAGGUUCAAGCAAUGCAGCCAGCAGGAGAGGUGGAAGGCCCUACAUGGCACCUAGGGCUGCAACUACAACAGAGGGAGCAACAGUAGGGUCUAAAAGGAAGAGGUUCCAGAACACCAGGAUGAGGGGUUACUUUUAUGCCAGUGGCAACUAG